AGGGUAUGGAAGGACUGAUGCUCUCAGGGCUGGCUCUGUUGUCUCUUGAAGACCUGGCCAUGAUCGACUGGGUACAUCAGAAUAGCGGCGGUCCAUACAGGCGCUCACGCUUCGUUAGCCAUCUGAUUAGGCAACGUCGCAAUCAUGGGAGAGGCUCAAUUGUCUAUUGCGAACAACCCUCUCGACAGCUUACACAAAUCGGGGCCGAAUUCAUAGACGAGGAAUCCAAUUGCUCGCUCCGGAUUUUGUCUGGACUGGGUUCUGAGAAUGGACUGGCACCCAAUACAACCGAUCUUUUGAGCUCAUCGCUCUAACUGAGAUGCAGUUUGCGAUGCGCGGUGACUGGGAAGGAUAUAUGUGGUGUCCGAAAUUCCGUGGCGCAGGCCCAUGCAAGGUCGCAGAAACGCCUGCAGUUGGCGGCUUCUGGCCGUCGAUCAGCACGAACUUGGGUCACCGACGCGUUCCAGCGUCAUCUUAUCUGGCGAUAUCACAUUUGUUGCUGCGGGAAUAUGACUGUUGGUAAGCGAUGGGUGCGGCCUACUGCCCAGUCAGUACUUUGAGGUGCGCCCUCCUCGGUGCUAGUGGUGGCGCAGUGUGGUGGGAUGGUGUUCGCAGGCGAGCCGACUCCUCCUGCAAUGCACGUCAAGGGCCGCCGAGCGGCUGAGCCAGUCAUCGUCAUGCGCGACUGGUUGAAUAAGGACGUACGACUGCCCGAAUGCCUGAUCAAUCAGACGUGUGAUCGCCCGACGCGCCAUGUCUAUUCGACUACUCAACGUCAAUACCCUGGAGCUGGAGGAGUUCAGUGGUGCCAACGCGCCAGAGUAUGUGAUCGCCUCACACAGAUGGGUCGGGGACGAAUGCACGUACAAGGAUGUCCUCAAGAAGCGCAAUACCCACAAAGCUGGGUACAAGAAAAUCGAGGCCUUUUGUGCUUUCGUACGACAAGUGAACCUCGCGGCUUACAACAAUGGCCCGGAUCUCAGAUGUGACUGGCUCUGGAUCGACACGGCGUGUAUCGACAAGUCGAACAGCCAGGAAGUUCAGCGUGCCAUCAACUCCAUGUUCAAGUACUACUCAGAAGCCGUAUGCUGUUUCGCUUUCCUGGCGGACCUCAAGGCGCUUGAUCAUCCCUCUGGCAGACAUGCUGUCAAAGAGAGCUUCUAUAACAGCGAGUGGUUCACCCGCGGAUGGACGCUCCAAGAGUUGCUGGCUCCGCAGACAGUAGUAUUCCUCACAAGCAUUUGGGAAGUUUAUGGACACAAAUGCACACGCGUAAGGCCUGGUAGUGCACAGAUCAGUCGCUGUCCUGGAGCUGGAGAUAAUCUGAAUGCAAGGGUCUCUGAGAUCACGGGUAUUCCACAAAUGGUACUGUACGAUUUCAGCAGCAGUAAAGCCUUAAGCGUAGAGGAAAGGAUGGCCUGGACUCGGAAUCGGCAGACAAAAGAGCGAGAAGACAUGUCGUAUUGUUUGCUUGGCAUCUUUGAUGUAUACAUGAACCUGAAGUAUGGCGAGGGCAAAGAGAGAGCACGUUGGAGACUUGAAGACGAAAUUGAGACCGAGAAGAAACAUCAGCCACUCAGACGAAAUGACACGGACAGCUUCAGCGUUGCUGGCCCACGACGUACCCCGGCACCCUGCACUGUGUCGCUGCUGUCAUCCGCGCAGCCAGCAAACGCAUCGAGGCCCGAUUCCGCCUAUGCGUCAAACUCGUCGCGUAGGAGCGACGUACCAAUAUUUCAAGCCACUGUCCAAGAUGCUGACGAGGAGCCCGAUCACAAAAAGGAACCCUACCCGAAGGCGCCUUCGAAAGAUCCUGCCGCUGCACAGAACAGUGUAAAGAGAGGACUGACGCGCUUUCCGAAACGGCUUGUACGACGAGAGGCACUGGACGAUCUGAACUACGUCUACACAGAAGAAGAGAACAAGAUCAUUAUACCCUUGGCACUGGGCAAAGCACACAUAGAUGAGCUGCUACGACUUUCAGAAAGCUACAACAACAUGAAACCCAUCAGCUACAGAUUGAAAGCCGGCGACGGUUUCACGACUGUGGAAGCCGAAAUGAGGAAGGCGUCACCCGCACAAGACCAAGACUCUGAUCGCCUGCCACGCCGGACAAAGUCGCAAACAAAACCCAAGACUGACUCACUCAAACCGCCCGAGUUCAGGCCACGGAGCAGUAGUACCCCCAAAAGUUCGAGAAUGCAAUCGGACAAAAAGUCCGCCACAACAGCAAAACCGAAGCCCACCAUCAACACCAGUGUCGACUCUCCCCAAUCCAUACCCGGAACUACCUCGUCCAGCAGCAACCACAGCCCAAAUCGCUACACCUUGCCCAAAAGUCCACUUCAGACAGGAAUGAUGACCAUACAUUUCCAGUACUCUGUCCGUCCACCGGAGCCCAUUGUCAACAGUCUGAAACGAGAUUGCGAAGAGUUUGGCCUGAAUGUCGACGAUAUCCGCACUAGAACGAAGGACUCUAUCGAAAGGACAUUCUACGAGAUCGAGAUUGUGGCAUUGUACAGCACGUUAUCGCAUCGACAAUGGGACUAUCUCAUUGACACACUGAAGGAAGUGUACGUCUAUGCUCCAGAAAUGUGCGCGAUCGGGUUCAAGCAUCAAGUGAGCUUUGAUGAGAUCAAUGGGCGGUGACGUGGGAUGAAUGGGACUCCUUCUGAUAAUCUAGACGGACGUUGCGGCAAUGGACAUAGAGGUGGUCGCUCGUUCAUGCUUCUUGGGCGUGGCGCACUCGGGAGCUGCCAUAAAGGCCAUCAAUGUCUGAACUGAAAUAAAAUCAAUAUUCAGACCAAGACCACCUCAAAGUAGGCGGACUGAUUUAACGAGCGUUAGGAUCCUAUCUGUCUGUAUCUCCGAUGCAAAUUCUCUGUCCUCGAACGAGCGAUACCUCCCGAAACCCAGCAACUGAACAAUUACCAUCUCUUCUCUCGCAACCCACCACUCUCGAAGCACUCGAAUUUUUCAAACACAAUCCUCCGGAAACUCGGCAACCAUCAUUGUCUCUGUUGAGCACGAAGUUCUCAAAGACAACUUGAAUGGCCAGCCAACGGGACUUCGGCUUUUCAAAUACGAUGGGACCACAUCCCACGCUUA